GCCCUACAGCAUUGCGCAGGCGCAAAGGAUGCGUUGCAGGGGUCACCUGCUGCUGCUUUGGGUGCAGACUGGACACGACCUACUGUGGGUGCCCAAAACCUGCAAACAGGCAAAGGAUAGCGAUAGGUCCGGGACAGGUGCAUAAUGGGGCUGGCAAGGUACACUGAGUUGCACUGAGCCAUUCAUGGCUGUUCGCACUAUGGGCUCUGAGUCAGCCCGGACUCCUCAGCCUCAGGCCACUCUGGCGACAGGCGGCAGUGGCCUGCUGCGGGAGGGGAUACUCUCUGCAAGACUGGGACCUCAAGGAAAGCACUAUGUGUGCGGGUCGCUGGCUGCAUUUACCAACAUAUUGGUAACUUUUCCAAUCCAGAAGGUACUGUUUCGACAACAGUUGCAUGGUGUGAUUGCUACUGAGGCUGUGCAGCAGCUGCAGAGGGAUGGUCUGAGGAAUCUGUAUCGCGGUCUACUGCCCCCUUUGCUCCAGAAGAGCACUACAGUGGCCAUCAUGUUUGGGUUGUACCAGGACUUCUCCAGAGUCCUGUUUGACUUGGCUGGUGGGAGUGGAGUGCCUGAGAUCAUCACAAGAAGCUUUGCUGCUGCUUUAGCUGGAACUACUGAGGCCAUUCUGACACCUUUUGAGCGUGUGCAGACGCUCUUACAAGACCACCGUCACCACGGGCGCUUUAACAACACUGCCCACACGUUUAGGACACUUCUGUCAGAGUACGGCAUCAGAGAGUGCUACCGUGGACUGGUACCUAUCCUCCUCCGCAAUGGUCCCAGCAAUGUGCUUUUCUUUGGCUUCCGUGGCCCCAUAAAGGAGCAGCUCCCUGAAGCCACUAGUCAAGCAGGACACCUCAUCACUGAUUUUGUGUGUGGAGGAUUAUUGGGGGCUGGCUUGGGCAUUAUGUUUUAUCCUCUAAAUGUUGUUAAAGCCCGGGCUCAGUCUCAGGUUGGUGGAGAAUUUCAGUCCUGCAGCAAGGUGUUCUUGACUGUGUGGAGAGAGAGGGGAGGCAGCUUACUAAUGCUGUUCAGAGGUGCCCAGUUAAACUAUUACCGAUCAUUGAUAUCGUGGGGCAUCAUAAAUGCUACCUACGAGUUCCUGUUAAAACUCCUGUGAAAGAGAUACAAAUAAGUCAACUAAGGAAAAAGCCUAUAGAAAAAAAGUCAUUAUUUAAAGGGAUAAGCUUAUAAGAGUUUAUUGUGCAAAAAGUCAUGCUAAUGCACUAAGUGAUUGAAAAUAUUUUAAAAACAGCCGUGGAGUUGCACGUGUGAUGGGGGCCAAUGUGAUUGUGACUUUUUACUGUAGUCAUAAUAUAUAAAGCCUAUAUGAAGUAUGUGCCAGGGUCCAAGCGACACGCCCCUUUUCCUCUAUGUCCAGUAUUUGGGGCAGCACCUUUUUCAAAAGUCUAAGUUGAGGCCUAUUGAGUAGUUAAAGUGUUUUUGUUGAAAACAUUAUCACAAGUAUGUGCCCAAAUUCAUGUAAAAAAUCUAUUUGUUUGUCCUUUUUGUUUUGUCAUACAUUUGUGGAUUUGGCCAUUGAUGUGUAAAAUAGACAAAAAACCAAAUGUUGGACAAUUUAUUUCCUGCUUUAUGCUGCCAUCUUAUUAUAAGAUUUUUUUUUUUUUUUUAUCAAAGCAGCGAUGAACUGUUUUUCAUGACUUUUCUAACUUGCUUUUGGGUAUUUCCUACAAAAUCUGACAAGUGCACACUGAUGUAAAUUACAGUAAAAUACUGAAAAUUUGUCUGCUUUCAUAUGUUAAGAUCAUCAUUCAAAAAUAACUAGCAUGCUCUUUGAAUCUUUAUAUCACACAUGAAUCGUAUUGAGCUGAUGAGUUUACAGCUUUCCUCACACACGCUCGCCUUCCUGCCUGUAACAUCUGUUGGCAUAAUGGGCUCAGAUUUCGAGCUUGAGUAGAUACAGUGCUCUUGUAGGAGAUUGUUUCUCAGACCAAUCUCCCAUUGACUGAGGGAGCAGCCAGAGAGAGCCGGGAUCAUGUCCAUUGGUAUACAAAGUCAAGCUGUCAGUCAUGUGGUUGGCCUUGUACAAUUUUGUCUUUCUGAGCUUUCCAGGGUUUUACAUUUUAUAUACAUUGGUAUGGUAUUUCAGUUGUGGAUUUGGGACAGUGUUGAUGGCAUUAAAUGAUCUUUGUAAUUUCCCUGAAGCACAAAGUCAGUAAACAUUGUAAUGUUGACAAUGGUGUCUGUGCUGGUUUGUCAGCAGAUAACACAACAUUCAGGGAAAACCACUGACUCAUUUCAUGAUAUAUACUACUUCUAUCAUAUUACACUGGCAAUUUUAUGUGAAAUAAUAAAAGAAAAGCUCACUUGCUCAUAUUGAGGAACUUAUUAAACAAAUUGUAUGCAAUCAGGAAGUGGCAAAACUGUUAUGAUUCAUAACAUCUUAAGUCUCUAAUAUAAAAUAAAAAUGCACCAACAUAUUUUUAACCAGUUCCAAAAUAGAUGUAUAAGUGAAUUCUUUGAUUAUUUUACAAAACAUGCUAUUAUAACGUGAUGGUUGUAGCUGAGACGAACAGAAGGCUCAGAGUAGAGAAUAAAAACAAUGACAAUAUUUGAUUUAUGUUAACCUUGUAUCAUCUGCCUUGAAAUUAGAACCACAAAGAAAGCGUCAACAUGUUUUGAACUGUGGAUGUGACUUUGCAGAUUACUGUGAAGAUGUCGCAGAUAAUGAUCAGAUUAAGGGCAGCUCCACAUGAGGACUAGAUCAGAGCUGAAACUGCUGCUUUACAACGCCUUAGAGCUUGGUGUCUAUGUAAUCAUAUUUUACCAGCAUCCUAUACAUUAUAAAAUAACCCUGUAGAUCAUAAAACAUAUUAACCAUAAUAUGCCUUUUCUACUUAAGAAAGGCUAUGAGUUAAAUUUGUACUUAGCAGACAUCAUGCUGUGGGUGUUCUAGGUGGUAUGAUAGAAUGUUCAACUGAUGCCAUGAUGACACAAAGCACACAUAAGCAAACACUGUCAAAAAAAAAGUUUUAAGACAGUCUGAAAACUACAAAAUAUAUUUAAACAUAUUUCAGGAGCCUGUGAUCAAUACAAGCAUUCGUGAUUCUGUAUAGGUGUUUGAUUUUCAACAAAAUAGGUGAGAGACUAAUUGAAAAAAUCUGUUGGCUAAUACUAGCUAGUUUGUGACUGUAGUUAUGUGUGUAAGAGACUUGUUAAAAAGCACAAAUCAUCUCACCUUUGUAGUUUUAGCUAAAGCAAUUCUUUAGGGUCGGACUGUGUUAAAACAAAACUCAGAUUUAAGUCUAACAGAGCUUCACACUCUCAGGAAAUGUUGAUGGCAAGUAUCAGUACAAAUGUCUAUAACCUGUUAGUGGGUACUGUACCAUGUGUUUAAACCUAAUGCAAAAAUCCCAGCAUCCAUACACAGUCUAAUCAGUAUACACCAACAAUUCAUUUCUUGGUAUAUUUAGUUUAUUGUAAGUGGGUA